UCGAGAAAGUGCGGUUUACGAGUUUUGUGUGCGGAAUUGUGUUGUCUCGUGUUCCUCUUACGUUUUUACAGUCGCAGUUUAUCAACAUUGGCAGCCUAGGAUAUGUGAUUAGUUAAUUGAAGCACAUCUUCGGUGAAGACUUUGUACCCACGUGGUCGCCAUUCACUCCCCGACACACGCCGGGAUCAGACCGUCAGCGCGAUGAAUGCAGCGACAUCCUCCAUCCUGGUGCUGAUUCUUCUCCUGCAGCCGACUCAAGGUGGCAACUGCUGGUCCGCCAUGGUGCGUAAUGGCCGCUGCACGGAGCUGCUCAACGAGAAGGUCAGCAAAGAGGAGUGUUGUGCGUCGGACAGCGUCGCCACGGCCUGGAGCUCGGAAGACUUGGACGCCGGCACGCUGUUCUUCUGGAGGGUGUUGGGCGGUGGGGUGUCCUGCUACGCUUGCAAAGAGUCGUGUGCCGGCGUCGAGUGCGGCGAUGGUAAGAAGUGCGUCGUACGUCGGGGACGACCCAAAUGCGUCUGUUCCCCGGACUGCCGUAGGAUUUUCAAGGGCCCCGUCUGCGGCACUGACGGACGCUCCUACCGGAACAUGUGCCGCCUCCGGAAGAGGGCGUGUCGCAGGAAGAGCGCGACGCUAGCCGUCGCGUACUACGGCCACUGCCAAAGCUCCUGCGACAGGAUUCGAUGUCCGGCCGGAAAACAUUGUCUCCUCGACCAGAACCUCAGCCCCCACUGCGUGAGGUGCUCCCAGCGCUGUCCCGAUCGCACGGCCACCAGCAGGACCGUCUGCGGCACGGACGGAGUCACGUACCAGAGCGCCUGCCACCUACAGGAGUCCGCGUGUCACAGGGGCAAAGCCAUCCCGGUCGCCUACAAGGGACGCUGCAAACAAAUGGCGUCCUGUGCCAGCGUCCGGUGCCGGGACAGGCAGUCGUGCCUCACCGAGAUGACCACUGGUACUCCGCGCUGUGUCACCUGCAGCUAUCGAUGUCCACGGCCCCGUAGUCCGUCGGGGUUGCGACGAGACAUGGGCGGCCCCAUCUGCGGCUCGAAUAAUCGCACCUACCACUCCUGGUGCCACAUGCUGAAGGACGCGUGUGCCACGGGUUUCGUCAUUGAGACAAAAUUUUCCGGCAGUUGUGACAUGGGAGGCGCUAAACCUACCGUAGCCAAUACGGUGUUGGACGAUGAGGCCAGCAUUGACACUUACUCGUGAGACUUUAAACUUCCUUGUAGCAAAAUCUUGGCUGUCCCAGGCGCCACGUAGUACCACAGCGUCAGUACUUAACAACACGCUUGGUACAAACUCAGAACUAAAAUGCAAACAGAGCACGGUGUACUGCGCAGAGUAAGCGGGUGUUUCUGUUUUCUGUCCUUAUUGUUUCUUUGAGCGUAAUUUAAUUGACAAGUUAAAUGAAAAUACAUGAACAUGUAUUUCCGGUGGCACCGGUGUUAGUGGUGUUUGUCACAGUACUGCAAAACAAUAAAACACGGAGUUCGGUACCACCUGAGACUGAUAUCGUACGUGUCACUUAACAUCUACAAAACAUUCAGAUCUAGUGCCAGUCCAGUGUUAAAUAUGUGUGUGAUGUGUGACCAAGACGGAAUGUUUGAGUGGAAAUAGCAUCACAUGACACAGAAGAAAGCAUCUUGAGUCCUCAACAGAUCUGACGUCAUCUUUAUUACUCGAGAGAUACUCACAUUGGGGAAAGUUAGUACGAAGAUCAUGAUACAAGUUUGGUAAAUACAGUUGAUUCAAUGUAUUCAUAAGCACAAGAUUUUAGUUUCGUUGUUGAAAUGGAUUUACGCAGCUUCCGUGUAAGUUAUUAAGAGAAUAAUAUGUAUAUUAAAGGGUGUGGAAGUAUUCAUGUAUCUGUUAUGGUACCAACAUUAUUAUGAUAGCAGUUAUAAAGUGUAAUACAAGUCCCUGCAUGUCAUAGUUUGUUUAAGUCAUCACGCAAGUUAUCUUCAAAUUGUAGACAGAAUUGUACACGAGGUCACAGUAUUUAACCUCAUUCAGUAAGAGGGAGCUGGCGAAACGAAUCUUUCUAAAAUUCUGCCUCCAUUUACCACAAAUUUGUGAUCUUCAGAAGUCAGCAUCGAGAUUACCAAUUUACUGUUCGUGCUUGCUACAGUCACAUGUUCAUUUCUAUUUUUAUAAAUUUAACCUUUCUGGUAAUGAGAAUAGGGGAUUUAAAACCAUUUACUACGUGGGCUGCCUCUUGGGAUCUUGUGUCCGUUUGUACCGCACAAUUUAUAGCAAAGCAUUAAUUCAAUAUAGCUACAAACUUUUAUUACACAUCAGAUUUAAAUUAUUGAUAUUGACAUGGUUUCAGUCCAUAUGAGAUCAUCUUCAGUGUAUCAUAUUUGAUUUUAAAAUUAUCUUAUGAAAUUUGAAAAUUACAAACAUUUGCUGUAUGUGAGGAAUUAUCCUACAUCUGUUUUAAUUAGAAUACAAUUUUAUCCAAGAACAUUGUUUGGAUUUGGUAUUGAAUUGGGAUUUAACAGUUUAGGGACACGCUACUGCUGUGCAGACAUGUGGACUGCUCACACGCCAUUGUGUGUGGCAGAUAAACGUCGAUACAUGUACUGAGUAAAUCGACUCUUUUGGUUUCAGUGAAAUAGCAUAUCUAGUAUAUAAUUUUGCAGAUGGUGUUUUAUAAAAAUAUUACAUUGCACAGACUCAUGUAUUAACUCUGCUGCUGAUAUAAAUAUUGGUUCCUCCUUUACAAACUCUUCCCAUUGUUUCUAAAUUUUUUUAUAAAAAUGUCAAGACAUUCCAGACAUUUCAGGUGAUUUUAAUACAUAAACCACCCUUUAAAUAUGACCCAUGUUCAAGUAGAAUUCAAUCCAAAACAUUGUUCAGUGUCCUUGUGUUAAAAGUAAAAUAUGAAUUUAUGUGAUUUUAAUUAACUUUUUCUAUAAAUUUCGCUGAAACAUAAUUUCUCAGAACAUUCACUGUCCUUGGCGCUUACAUUUUUGUUAGUUACUCCGGACAGCAAUUGAUCUUAAUCCAUUGUAUGUUUCAGUAGAUAUGAUUUUAUUCAUCUGUACGCCAUAUGGAUUUGGUUUUGACUUUCGAAGUAAAGGAAAGAAACCCAAUUUACCUUCUUCCCCAGUUCAGUUCUCAAAGCAUAAAUUUUGUUUUGUGAAUGAGCUCUAAAAAUGGUUAAAUAUUACUAAUAGGCCCACAUUUCAAGAAUUUAAGAACAAACAUCCCCCUUUAUAGACUUUCUUUCUCUCUAUUAAUUGUUGAAUUACAACACAAGAUGGCUAAAGAUCCAGCUUGACGCAAAGAAUAUUUGUUGCGGGGAAAUUAUCUUAAUCGUGAAAUUAUAUAAAACUGAGUUUUCCAUAUCCGGACCUAUUAUGCUAUUCUAAUUCUAUAGUUGGCCGACAAUAGAACAGCGAAUAUCUGCUAGUACAAGGCAAAUUACAAGAUUUGAAGAUUAUUGAUUACUUUUGUUGCAGUAAUGAUUCAAUUUAAUUAUGUAAUUAAAAUUAAUAUUUUCUAGUAACUGAGACAUUUGGAUGUGACACAUGAAGUACAUUGCCUCCACAGUUUUUUUCUACCAGAAUUGUAAAGAAUUUAUAGCUAAAUGUACAAAUUCUUUAAACUUUUCAUAAAUUCUCAGAAUUUUGAUCCAAGUCUGUAGUUGUAAAUGAAUGCUUAACAGAAACAUGUUAUCAGAGUGAAAGAAGCUUGAAAUAAAAAAAAAAUGCGAGAAUGUUUCUAAGGCCAAAUUUAAUAGCAAGUUUGGUGACAAGAAACCAGUGUGUCCAUGCAUGUGUGUUUGUGAAAGAGAAAUCAACAAUGUUGAUUGGGAGCCUUUGUAUUAAAAUUUUGUUCAAAUCUUUCCCCUCUCCUUCUCUUAGAAUGAUCACAAAUAGCAAAAAGCUUGGAAAGCGUAUUCCGUUCCAGAAUACGCAUAAUAUCCUUAUGCAUUCUUUGCAACGUGAAUUUAUAGGUAUUAAAUCUGCCUUGUUUGAUAGUUCCCAUUUUGGCCACCAAAUUGCAGUACUUCAGUGUCUACCUCAUCCGUCAUUUUGUUACCACCGCUCGUAGAAUGUUCAAAAGUGUGAUUUUCAUCCAUCCAUCGGUUCUCCAGUUGAAUCGACUGGACAUAUCGAUGAACGGAUGGAUGAACGGACAGACAUGACCAGCCCAUGAUGUGUUCUAGUGCAUUUUGUGCAAAGAACACAACAAAAAUGAACUUACAGUUAUGAAUCUGCUGUAACCAGCUGAAGUAAAACUUCUGUAGUAUGAUUUUUAGGAGUGCAUUUUCAGGUACAGGAGGGAAAACUAUGAGUGGCCAUAAAUAAAUUUAUCAGUUAACAAUUUGUAAAACUUUUAUCUUAUUGCAGUUCGUUGAAGACUGAAGAACAGAACAAAAAUUGUAAAUAAGCCUGUUUACCUCGUUGAAGUGUAACUUUUAUGUGAAAUACUUUUACAGUUUUAAUGAGACAUUAAAAUUACAGCCCUUAUUGGUUUAAGUUAUGUUCAUAUUUUGUUACUCUGUGUGUGUGUGUGAUGUCAGGUUUAGUUGCGCUCAUGGAACUAAUGGAUUUACCACUUUCUCAUAUUUCAAAAUGCCUACAAAGUAAAAAUUUCAUGGAUUCUUAGAAAAUGUCCAUUUGGAAGACUAGAAAGUGGAUAGUAAAAAUCAAGACAUAGUUAGGGAACUAGGUUGCAAGAAUCAGAAGUAUUAUCAUGGCCAUAGUGCACUUUGAUAUUAGUAAUGCUGAAACUUUGUGUUCCCCUACCACAGUGUUUGUUCAUUAGUUGAAGGAGAAUCAUAAUGUAAGCAUACUGGAUUUCAGUAGAUCUGUAUUAUAACUAUGAUGUUUACUCAAUCUGUGUGUAAACUUAUCUGUAAUUGUCUGUACUCAACUUUUGAAAAGUUUUCCCCAUAAAACCUGAACUGUGUAAGAUUCUUGUAGGAUGUUAUCAUAAUAUGGUAAAUUUCUUGUGGUUAUGUUGUGAUGGAGGAAUUCAGUAGCAAUUACUAAAACAAUCUCUUAAUCAUUACUACUUUAGACGAGUAGUUAGACGCUCAGCGACAGAAUGUAGUGCGUCGUUUCUCUGGUCACGCUGCCAUGUGUUUUAUAUCACUUCUAAUGAUAUGUCACUUAAUUUUUACAAAUUACAUUCAUUUAUAAACAGGAAUGUGAACUUAAAUUUUUUUACUUCUGCUUUCACAUUUCUUAUAAUUCCCAUCAUAUUUUCAUCUUUGUGUGGGUCAAAGGCUACAUGAUCCCUUACAUUAUGACAAUUACAUAGUUCAGUUUAUAUCAGCAUAGCAUGUUUUUUAACUUCUUUCAAAAUAUUUUCUAUAUUAGAUUUCCCACUUCAGCUGCUGAAGUCCCAAAUAAUAUUUAUUUUGCCGUUUUAUAAAUUAUCGUUAUCUGUUACUUGUGUCACCUGGACCAGUGCUCCGUAACCCUUAUCCACCCGCAUUGUACUUUAAUUUGCCAAGGAUACAAAAUAAUGCAGGCAAAUGAAAACAAAACAUAACACAUGUUGAAUAAAAGUAUUGAUGAUGAACAAAUAUAUGUGAGUGUGUAUUAUGAAUUUUAAUUGCAUAAGAUCAGAUUUUGCCUUUUUAUACCUGUAAUGUGUGAAUAUACAACUUCUUAUAAAAAUUUGUGGCGGCACAGUGGUUACGGAACACUGACGUAGACUAAAGUGUAAGUUUGGUUUGAGAGGUGGGUGAGUUUGGCAGUCACAGCGCUGAAUUGACCCGAAGUAUUUUCAGUCAUAUUUACAUCCCUUUAGACCAUCUUUAAGGACUUGUUUGUCUGUCCAUCCACAUGCAUGUAAUAACUUGUGAAUGGCUGAAGGGAUUCUCAUUAAAUUUAAUAUUUAACUUUUAUGAAGAAUUGUAAUGAUCAAUUUAUAUGAGAGCAUUUUCUUAAUGUGAUGUCAUAACCAUCAUUAGUGUUUGUAAUGGUGACACGUUAUUUUCUCUUUGGGGUAGAAACUUAAUCUUCUGGCUGCAAUAACAACAUAAGACCAACUGUCAAUGUCAGUGUGCACCAGAAAGGUCCUGCAACCAGCCAACUUGACUGAGAUUUUUAUGGUUUCCCUGGUUCAUCAAGCAGUUUUUUGUUAUCCAACUUCCAUGUUGCACCUACGUGCUUCUUAUGCAACCCUCCUAAUAUAAAUAUGAAAAUAUACCUUCCUCAAACUCGUCUCCAAAACUUGUAUGUAAUAAAUUAUUGGAACAACCAGCUAAUGUUCUUGAAGGUGAAGCAUUCUGUUUUCUUUGACGUAGGAACUUAAUUUUCUGAUUAACAUGAAAAUGUAACCCCAACAAAUUGAUAUUUUUAAUAACUGAUGUGCCGUGUUUUCUUUGAGGUAAGAACUGAAUGUUCUGGUAGUCAUGAUGUCAGACUAAGCAGUUGAUGUCUGUAAUGGUGAUGCAUUGUGAUGUCUUUAAGAUAGGAACUGAUUUCUAGUUGCCAUGACAACAUUAGAUUAUCCAGUUGAGCUUUGUGAUGGUCUCAUGUUGUAUUUCUCUUAAGUAGGAACUCAACUUUUUGGUUUCCAUAACAUCAGACAAACCAAUUGAUCUUCAUAACUGUUAAAAGUUAUGUAUAGAUUUUCUUAACUUUUCAUAGAAUAAUAGAGCAACAUCUUCCAUCAAACAUAUUACAUUCACUUAAUGUUUUGAUAAGUACAGGUUUUACCAGGAAUACGACACAAAACCUAUUUGAGAAUCACGUACGUGGCUGGCUGGCUGACUUCUGAGUUGUAGUGCCAUGUAGGAGUUAACCAACAUUUCAGAGGUACUUGCUGCCUUAAUCAUCAGAGUGAAGAGUAAACUUGUGCCAGACUAUACGGAGCUACAACCCAGAAGACGGUCAUCUUCAGAUUUGCCAUUAUAAAAACCUCAAAUCUUAUUUGAGAAUUGUCUGUGUUGAUGCCUUUUCAGGUGCAUCUGAAACAAAAAAUUUGAAAAAUUGCAUUUCAACUUCAUCAUCAUCUGUUUGUGUAUUUAAGUAAUAACUUGGUUCCUGCUCAGUGGAUUUUUGUAAAUUAUUACGUUUAAAUUUUUACAUAAAUGUGUGAAGGUGUUUCAGUUUUCAUAAAAAUUGGUAAGUCAGAAACUAUUGUUUUUCUCAUGCAUUUUUUGAUAUCUUCACUUCUCUUCAUCACAUUUUAUUGUUAUUUCACUGGAAAAGUGUAAGAACACUGCAGCCCACAGCCAAAGUGAUUCACAGAUAACAUUAUGUAAAAAAUAAAGUCAUGUAACAAUGUAAUAGUUUUAAUAAUAUAAAUAAUUAAACCAUACAAUAAAUAUAAAUUAUAUAUAAAAAUUGAUUCAAGUAUGAACCAAAACUGAAUGAAAUCAGAGUAAAUGCACUUUCUGUUAUGUUCACAGAAUGUGGCUAUCCUAUAAUUUGUUUGUGUGGAUUUUUCGCACAUCAACUGAGCAGUCCAGGUUUUCGGCAUGGCAGUGCAAUUUUUUAUGGAAAGCUUUGUGUAUUAAAUGAGUCUCUCAUCCGCUGUGGACUUACUUAUUUGUAUUUAAAAACAUUGUAUACACAGAUCUCUUAUUCUAAAAUGUUGGCAACAUGAGGUACGUUAAACAUAUCUUGCAAUUGCUGAUUAUGGCUGGUGACUCUGCUAAACUGACUGAGGAAUUUUGUUAUUUUCUCAGUUCCUCGAGGCAAAUGCUGGGGUGGUUCCUUACCAUGCUUCCUAAUUACCUAACUCUUUUCCCAUCACCUCAAAAGUGCCACAAACAUUCACAAGGUAAUAAAAGAUUACAUUAUUUUUCUCUUUUUUGCAUUAGUAAUUACAAAACCUAAUGGACCUGGAUCAAGCUAGUUGUUAUUAUUCUUAUGAAUUAUUUUCACAAGUCAUCACCUAUGCAAAUUAUUAAUGCUGCGAAACUGGUUUGUGGGCAGGGCAAGGGCUUGUGUGUUUUGUUUUCCUAAUGUCAGGCUUCCAAAAGUAACAGAAUAAAUUUUAUGCAUGAAAUUUUAAAUCAUCUUGACCUUCCUCUGUCAAUUUUUUAUCUGGGUAAUGUUUGGUAAGAGAAACAGUGUCAUAGAAAUAAAUAAUAUAGACUAUAUUAAUUGUAUAUGUGUGUUUAUUUCCUGUGUUAUUUGGAUUAAAGGAGUAAUACACUUCUAUACUCCACUAUUUUGUUUAAUUAUUUAAUUUAAUUUAUAAGAUCAUGAAGUUUUAUUGGUUUUAUAAAAUGAAUGAGAUUUUUUGUAUGUGAUUAAAUGAAUAUCUAUGUGAAAACAUUAGAACAGUGUCCUUCAGUCUCAUUAAAGAUAUCAAGUGCAUUUGUUGUAAUUUUAAGUGUUUGCAGUAAAUUGGUCUAUUUAUGGUUCAAAAUUUUGGAAAAGGAAAUACCGAGUUGAAUAAUUAUACUAAUGUAUCAAUAGUAGUUUCAUUUUAAGUUUAAUACAAUCCUGUAGAAAAAUUGUAUUAUAUUAUCUUUGCUAUAUUUUUUGCAUGAGAACCUACAUUCUUACAAUUUCAAUGUUAUUAUGUACAUAGUAGUUAAUAAGAUCUGUACAUUUUAGUCUAAGUCAAUUCCCUUGAAAAAAUAAAAUAAAAAUAAUAUUAAUAAUAAAAAGAAAAAUUGGGGCUAAAGUUCUCAUUAAUACAAAUAAUUUUAAUGUUUGAGUUGUAGAUUGAGUCAUCUUUCAUUAUACUUUCAGACAAAUGUUAUUUUACGGGUUCAGAAUGAAGAUUUAUUUAGUAGGCUGUGCUAAUAUGAAAAGUUGUAGUGAAGGUUCAGUCUUUAUUAGAGUAAUUUGAAUACUUUACUGCAGAUUGUAUAAUUCUUGUUUAAAAUUAGCAUAUAUAUAUGCUACACAAGAAAUAAAAGUCACUUGAAUUGGUUAUCUUACAGUGUAAUAAAGCAUUGUGCUGGAUGAGGUAAACAUAGAAAAUUAAAACUUUAUAGAAUGUAA